UCUGUGCUGGUGCGGUUAUAGUCAGAGCGACUGAAAAUGAACAGUUAGCUCAAAUACUUGCCGUUCACAAGCAAUGGCCAGCCAGCCUUUACAUACAGCUGGGUGAAUCCCCGCCGUGUCUUGGAGUUGCUAUGAGGGCGGGGGCCUCGUCCAUGUGGGCAGCAUGCUGUGGUCUACUGAAUGAGGUGAUGGGUACUGGGGCCGUGAGAGGGCAGCAGCCAGGUUUCGGAGCCGGUGCGGGGCCUUUUCGUUUCGCUCCCACUGCAGGAUACUCCACAUACCCCCCCAACAGCUCAACCAGCAAUAGCCUGGUUUGUCAGGCCUGUGGACAAGCAUUUUCUGUCUUUAGGAGGAGGCACAUCUGUUGUGACUGUAAGAAGAGUUUCUGUUCGCUGUGUUCGGGACUUCAGGAAAACUUGCGCAGGUGCACAACUUGUCACCUGCUGAAGGGGACUGCAUUCCAGCGCCCUCAACUCAUGCGUCUGCGUGUUAAAGAUUUGCGGCAAUACCUUACUCUACGCAACAUUAACACUGACACCUGCAGGGAGAAGGAGGACCUUGUGGACUUGGUGCUUUGCCAUCAAGGUGCAGAGAGUGAAGAUGAACUAGACACGCCUUCUCUGCAGUCCCGGCCCCUUUAUAGCCUGUCCCCUUCAAUUGAAGUACCCAAUUCCCCUGUGUCAAUUCUCUCCCCAACUCAAGGAGAACCAAUCAUUAGGAGCAACAGCUUGGAGUCCACCAAUCAGGAUAUUGGAGACUUCUCUUCUGUAUCGCUCCUUAACCUUGACCAGACCGAACACACGCCAGAGGUGAGUCCACGGACGCGGCAGCAGGCUCGAGCUUCCCUGUCAGACCUGUCCAGCCUUAAUGAUGUUGAGCAGCUGACUGUACGGCAGCUGAAGGAGAUCCUGGCAAGGAACUUUGUGAGCAUCUCAGGCUGCUGUGAGAAGUGGGAACUGGUGGAACGUGUCAGGAGGCUUUACCGGGAGAGCGAGGAGAAUCGCAAGUCUAUAGAGAAUGUGAGCAACCCCAUCACUGCAGUGAUAGCUUGUCCCCCUCCAAUCUGCAAUGGUGGAAUUGGAGAUACUUGCCGUAACCAGUUAUCAAACGAUGACAACUUGUGUCGCAUCUGUAUGGACGCGGUCAUUGACUGUGUGCUGCUGGAGUGUGGUCACAUGGUCACCUGCACUAAAUGUGGGAAAUGCAUGAGUGAAUGCCCUAUAUGCAGACAAUACGUUAUCAGGGCCGUGCAUGUUUUCAAAUCCUAGUACUGCUGGGAGAACCAUCUUCAGCCUGAUAAAAAUUCUUCAGCAAUGCGCUCCACCUGCUGACUGUUUUGCAUUAGGGAUUCGUGCAGGAAGGGCCUGUGUCCUUACAUCUGAUCAAUAAAGGAAGAAUAAGUUCACUACUUAAUUUUUGAGGUCAAGGAGCCUCAAGGAAAACAGAUUUCAGACUUUUUAAUAAAAUAAAAUAAAAACAUUCCACAAGGUCUUCAGAAGCUCAGUUAAAAUAUGCAAAUUUUCUGCAACAACACCUCACAGCCUUAACUUGAUGUCCUACAGCUUUGUAGACUUUUGGUCUGCAUGAGCUUUUUUUUCUCACCUGAAUGGAAAGAAAAAAAAAGAAUGGAAAAACAAGCAUUAUUCAGGUCAGCUGACAAGCUUUCUUGAGGAAUUGGAUGUCCUGCUGUCCUCCUUGCCAGAGGAUGGCAGGCCACUUGUGGUUCUUGGUGAUUUCAACAUACACCAGGACAAACCCCAGGCCAUUGAACUGAAUACUCUUCUGGCCUCAUUUGACUUGGAAAGACUACACACCACAGCAACUCACAGGUCGGGCAACCAGCUGGACCUCAUUUUUACACACCAGCACGGACUACACCACCCAGCCCCUGGCUGUCUGACAUCCUUCGUGAACAUCGGACUGUUCUCAGGGCAGCUGAGAGGAGAUGGCGGAAAUCUAAAGAUCCAGCUGAUCUAGCCCAACGACACCACAGUGACCGC